AACGCGAAGGGGAAACUCCGACACUGGAAGGAACGAGAGUAAAUACCUAAAUACAGAGGCACGGGUCCGCGGCUGGGACAGACACUUGAACUUCAGAUCCCGAGGCAGGCCGGGCUGCGGGGAGAUCAUCCACUUUUAAUUGAAGGAAGUUGCUUCUGUUUGGAGGUGGCUGGAGAAGUGAGAAAACCACAUGGAAGACUCCCAGGACUUAAAUGAGCAAUCAGUAAAGAAAACGUGCACAGAAUCCGACGUUUCAGAAGCUCAGAAUUCCAGGUCUAUGGAAAUGCAGGACCUCGCAAGUCCUCAUCCUCUUGUUGGAAGUGGUGAUACUCCUGGUAGCUCCAAACUGGAGAAGGCUAAUCUCAGCAGCACAUCUGUCACCACAAAUGGCACAGGAGGGGACAACAUGACUGUUUUAAACACUGCAGACUGGUUGCUGAGUUGCAACACCCCCUCUUCCGCAACAAUGUCUCUCCUUGCAGUCAAAACAGAGCCUUUGAACAGCAGCGAAGCAGCAACCACCACUGGAGAUGGAACCCUUGACACUUUUACUGGGUCAGUAAUAACAAGUAGUGGCUACAGCCCCAGAUCAGCGCAUCAAUAUUCCCCACAGCUCUAUCCUUCCAAGCCCUAUCCACACAUUCUUUCUACACCAGCAGCUCAAACAAUGUCUGCCUACGCAGGCCAGACUCAGUAUUCGGGGAUGCAGCAGCCAGCCGUCUACACAGCCUACUCACAGACAGGACAGCCCUACAGCCUGCCCACAUACGAUCUCGGCGUGAUGUUGCCGGGCAUCAAGACAGAGAGCGGACUUUCACAGACUCAGUCCCCGUUACAGAGUGGGUGCCUCAGUUACAGCCCGGGGUUUUCUACCCCACAGCCAGGCCAGACGCCUUAUUCUUACCAGAUGCCAGGUUCUAGUUUUGCGCCAUCAUCUACUAUUUAUGCAAAUAAUUCAGUCUCCAAUUCAACGAAUUUUAGUGGUUCACAACAGGAUUACCCAUCCUACACAGCCUUUGGCCAAAACCAGUAUGCCCAGUAUUACUCAGCAUCCACGUAUGGAGCAUAUAUGACAUCAAAUAACACGGCGGCUGAUGGCACAUCAUCCUCGACCUCAACCUAUCAGUUGCAGGAAUCUCUCCCGGGACUGACUAGCCAACCAGGUACAGAUCUUCAUCCAGGAGAGUUUGAUACCGUGCAGAGCCCCUCCACACCUAUCAAAGAUCUUGAUGAGAGAACAUGCAGGAGUUCUGGGUCAAAAUCCCGAGGAAGAGGCCGGAAAAAUAAUCCCUCCCCGCCUCCUGACAGUGACCUGGAGCGUGUGUUUGUCUGGGACUUGGAUGAAACCAUCAUUGUUUUCCACUCACUGCUCACAGGGUCUUAUGCCCAGAAGUAUGGCAAGGAUCCCCCCAUGGCUGUAACCCUGGGACUCCGAAUGGAGGAAAUGAUUUUUAAUCUUGCUGAUACACAUUUAUUUUUUAAUGAUUUAGAGGAGUGUGAUCAAGUUCAUAUAGAUGAUGUUUCCUCUGAUGAUAAUGGGCAGGACUUAAGUACCUACAGUUUUGCAACUGAUGGCUUCCAUGCAGCUGCAAGUAGUGCAAACCUUUGUUUGCCAACAGGUGUAAGAGGAGGGGUUGACUGGAUGAGGAAGUUGGCUUUUCGUUACAGAAGAGUAAAAGAAUUAUACAACACCUACAAGAACAAUGUUGGAGGACUCCUUGGCCCUGCCAAGAGAGAUGCAUGGCUACAGUUAAGGGCAGAGAUCGAAGGUCUGACAGACUCCUGGCUAACAAAUGCACUUAAAUCUUUAUCAAUUAUUAGUACUAGGAGUAACUGCGUAAAUGUCUUGGUAACGACAACCCAACUGAUCCCAGCACUCGCGAAGGUUCUACUCUAUAGUUUAGGAGGUGCUUUCCCCAUUGAGAAUAUUUACAGUGCAACUAAAAUAGGAAAAGAAAGUUGCUUUGAACGAAUAAUGCAAAGGUUUGGCAGAAAAGUAGUAUAUGUUGUAAUUGGGGAUGGUGUAGAAGAAGAACAGGCAGCAAAAAAGCACAACAUGCCCUUUUGGAGGAUAUCAAGUCACUCAGACCUCUUGGCUCUGCAUCAAGCACUGGAAUUAGAGUAUUUGUAACUGUGUUCUCUAGCUGGAGAUCCAUUUUUUUUAUAUAUAUAUAUUUCAAGUACACUGAAUUUUUAUGUGUGAUUCAAUGCCCCUGGCUUUACACAUAUAAAUUGUCUUAAAGGAUGAAAUCGUAUUUGGAAUGAAAAUUCCAGAAUGAAGAAUUCAGAUUGCUGAAUGGAGUUAAACUUUAGCACUACAGAAAGGAAGCUCUAUGGUCUUAUAUUUACAACACUUUAAUGGUUUUAAAAAAUAAAAAAUCUGUGGAGGUUGCUGGUACACAUCGAGUGAGUCCUAACUGGAAUUAACAGCUUUAGCAAAGACCUCUUACCCUGGCAAAGCACCCAACACAGGCUCCGUCUGACAAGGUGGUGUUCAACAACAUUCCUCAACACGGGAGAUCUUCUCAGCCCUGAGGUUUGAAUCUGACUUUAGCCGACCUAGCCCAGAAAAUCUGAAUUGGAAUGCACUCAGACUGUAUAAGGACAAUCCUAUCUAGACCUGUAAUUUGUGUAAAUUAUGGAUGAAAAUAAUUUACUGUGACUUUAUUAGCAGCUGACUUUGAAAGUGGAUGCAAUUUUUCUUUUCAUUUGUUGGGGAGGGAAGCGGGUGGGCAGUGGGAGUCUAAUAAUGUCUCUUUUUUUAAGUUUGGCAAACAAAAUGUUCAUACUGAUGUGUUGUGCCUUAAAGACAAGACGGCGUUUGUGUGUUACAAUGUAACUUUGGUUAAAAUCUCUGUAGAUAAUGAAAAACAAAAACAACAGCAACAACAACAACAAAAAAACCCUUUGUGAUCAUUCUUAAGAUGACCAAAUUUAAAAUUCAAGCUAUCAAAGCUUAAUACUGCAUCAGCAAGAAUCUGAGUAUUUGUUGCAAUAAGAAAACAAUGAUAAUAAAGGAAAGCUUGUGUUUUAUUUGGGUUCUUAAUAAUUCCAGUAGUUAUAUGAGGCAACUAUUUGUGCAUCCAACCAUAAGCAGGAGGUUAUGGGAAGGUUUGGGAAAGACUGUGGGACCUUUACUUAAAAGUGAAAUGUAUGUUGAAGUCUCGAGUACCCCUUUCUGCAGUUCUUCUGGAGAAAACUAAGAGCCAUAUUCAUGACUACUUACACUAUUUUGAGUUUGACUUCUUGAUAUGUGUAAGUUGUGUCGAGGAAGAUAGUCUCAUUAAAAUCAUAAGCAAAUAGCCCCCAAACUUUCUUAGGCUAUUCCAUGAACAUGGCUUGAAAUUCACAUUGAGUGAGCAUGGCUUAAAAUAAAGCUAAGCGCAUUCAUUCCCAGUGCCAUCGUGAAAAUGAAAUGUCAUCAGUGGUGGAAGGUGAAUGCCCAGAUGCCUUCUAAAGAAAGGAGUGAAUCAAUGAAAAUUUUACCUAGAAUAUCAUCAUAAAAUAUAUUGGCAAGCGAGCCAGAUCUUGGCAGCAAUACUGAAAAUUACAACAGUGAAAUAGUAUCUGGUUCUCCGUCUGAAUGCGUCAGUCCAGUUUCUCUCCCUUAGAGACCCACGCACCUUCAUUUCUGCCCGCACUGUUCCUGAACAAUGGACUGCAUUCAUUGCAAGGAGAACCUGUCAUCGUUGUGUGUGCAUGCGUGUUUUUUUCUUGGUGUGUAGCCCAUGUUAGGAACACGAUACAGGUUCUCCUGUCAUUUUGUAUGACAUGAAAUUUCCCUUGUGGAAAUUUAAGACUUCAAGAUCUAUGAGUGUUUUAAUGGUGUUUGCACCUGCAGUUCUGUGUUUAAAAUGUGGAGGCUGGAAUCCAGCUAGUAGGCAGAGCCCCUAACCAGAGGCUGAUCCAUGAUAGCUCAUCAUCUGAGGCUUCCGUGGCUCCUGUAGGAUCAGUGCUUUGCACACCGAUCACAACAUUCACUAUGGAAAUGAGGUUUUAUUUUCCAGGUUGUAAACCUGUAUUUCUUUACUGAAUGCUAAGACCAUAUUUACAUUGGGCAGAAAGAGCUUGAGAUCCAAUUUUGCAGAUUUUAAGACUGUGAUUUCAUCACACAAACCUUAAACUUAUUCUUUAAAUUUUGUAACUUUUGGCUCUCUCUGCCCCAAGUACUGGUGCAGACAAAUUAAGGUUGCAAUACCUUUAGUAAUAAUGAUAAUGAUCAUCAUCAUCAUCAUCAUCAUCUUACAUUUCUAUCGGCCUUAACUUGAAAAUAGGAGUUGAAAAAAAUCAAAGAGCUGCACUGAUUAUCAAUACUUAAAUUUUGUGCACUAAUACCUUAAAUAUUUAUUACUGUGAAUAAAACGAUAUUAUCUUUCUAGCCAGUUUUUUUAAAUGAUAGAGCUGUGGCAUUACAUCUAGACUUUUAAUUCUUCUUCAUAUCAAACAAGCAAGGCUUCUAAUGUUGCUAAAAACCCUGCAGGUACAGAACAGAACACCCCUUCACAGGCAAAGGAAGGGUCACCGAUGACCUCACCCAGUGCUAUUUCUCGCAUACAUUCUCCCCCCUGAUUGUGUGUUCAGAAGACGCUGCCGGCAUAAAAUCUAGAUGCUAGGUUAACGAACAGCUUGAUGGCACGGCAAUGGCGGGGGCCCCUGUGGGCGACCUCACAGCUUGUCGUGCAGUUUCAAGCGUGCUCAAACCAGAACCCUGCCUUUCCUAUGCUGGGAACGGAGAUCUUCUUCCUUUCUGAUCUAAAAAAACCAAAAAGACAAAAACAAACAAACAAACAAAAGCCAACAAACAGAAAGAACAACCCCUUUGGCAGCUCCCACUUUCUGUUGACAUAGACUGUUGUCCCUUUUUAUAAACCAAUUUGAAAAGUGUUCCGUCGCUGAAAUGAGUUUGCGGCUAUUACAUGUACAAACUUGGUCUGCCACUAGGAAGGGUAACCACCUUGUGUCACACCUGAAAAAUAGCAAAGCAGGCGGCCUGGCUACAAUAUUAUGGCAUACUCUACCCCUACAAAAGUUUGUUAAGUCAAAUUCAGAGGCAAAAAAAAAAAAAAAAAAAAAAAAUUUAGAAUCAUGCAGUUUGUGCACAAAAAAGUGGAUAACUCUAAAAAUGUUUUUUUCCUUAGUCCCUGGUGAGUGGAGAUUCAAAAUAGUGUCAACAGCAUGCUGCAGUUUGAAGUUGUUAUCUUUUUAAGCACAUUUUUUUUUUGAAGAGCCUACAUUCUCAGUGAAUAUGGCAUUUAGUAUUUCUUUCAAAAACAAAUUUAAGCAUCAUGAGCCAAAGUUGCAUUUUGACUCCCAACUAUGGUAGCAUUAUGGAAAUCUCACAAAGUCAAGGGUUUCUGUUAUGUAUUAGUAAAGUAUAGAUUAUUGGGGCCGAUAUAAUUUAAAGAAAUGUAAAUUAAUAAUAAAAGCUUGUAAAAAUAUGUACAUCUUUACUAUUUCUCAAUAAAUACCUUUGGAAAUGUUUUCAUUUUCU